GAGGGAGGGAGACUGCUCCUCAGUAGUUCCUCCUCUCCUCUGACUCCUGCAGCCUCUCUUGUCCUCCUCGUGGAUCUCCAGCAGGUAAGAAACACGCACCGCGCGACACGACGUCACGUGACGUUCCGAACACAGUGGAAGCAGAAGAAGAAAGUGAACUUAUUCACAAACUCAGCAGCGUUUUUCUUUUUCACAAAGUUGGCCCGUUUAUUCUCGUGCACGCGUCUCGCGGACACCUUUCUCGCCGCGCACGGUGCGUGCGCGCGUGCGUGCGUGUGACUGCGCGUCUGUACACGUGGCCCCCUCGAUGAGUCCACCGUGGCGGCCGCGCGCGCGUGGGUGCAAGAGCGUGGGCGUGCGUGUCGUGCACGCGGCUCCCGGGAGGCCCCGCUGCGGUACGAUGACGUCAUGACGUAACCCGUUUGGCACCGACUCAAGAGUCAAAUAUCAGGUUACCAAACCGGAAGUAGAUCCCUGAAGAAAACAUGCAACUUUAAUUAAAUUGUAUUCAUUUUGUAUUAAAGUUUGUGGAUUGUUAACGUGAUUUAAACUGGUUCCAUAAACGUCACAGACAUUCAGACGCUGAGCUUUGAGGCUUGUGAAGGUCAGAGGUCAACAAGAUGCUGCUAUUUUACAUUUGUGGUUCAUGGAGGAAAAUAGUGUCUUCAUCCAAAAAGCAUUUACUGUAUUUUUAUUUCUUAUUUCCUAUAUUCUGCCGUAGUGAGGCUUCUGACCUUCAGUGGUUCAUCAACAGAACUUUGUUGCGUUAGAAAAGAUGCUGGUUUGGAAUCCAACAAGCAGCAGGAGGUCCACGUUCCUCUACAAGCCCCGCCCCCUCUCCUGGCUCUCCAUGACCUGGUUAUAAAGGGAUGAAGAACCUUCACUUCACUGUGGGGCCGAUGGAGGUCGUGUCGGCCAUGUUGGCGGUGUGUCUGAGGCUGCUGUGGCUCCUCCCCCUGGCCUGCUGCGUCCCCUCCCCCUCCAGACCCCCCUCCAGACUCUGCAGGCGGUGCUGCGACCACACGGAGCCCCCCGCCGCCACGGGCCAACGGCAGAUACCGGAGGUCCGCGCCGUCAUCAACAUGACCAUCCUCAAAGGAGACAAAGGAGACCGAGGGGACCGGGGCACGCCCGGCAAGCCCGGCUCGGCGGGCCCCCCCGGCCACGGAGGACCCGCAGGUACCAAAGGCACCAGAGGCCAGGCCGGUUCCCCCGGGGACUCCUGCAAGACCCCCCGCUCCUCCUUCUCGGUGGGCCGGCGCAAGGCGCUGCACAGCGUGGACUACUACACGCCGCUGGUGUUCGACACGGUGUUCGUCAACCCCGACGGCCACUUCGACAUGUUCAAGGGCAAGUUCUACUGCCGCGAGCCGGGGGUCUACUUCUUCAACGUCAACAUCCACACCUGGAACUUCAAGGAGACCUACCUGCACCUGAUGCACAACGACAGGGAGCAGGUGAUCCUCUACGCGCAGCCCAGCGAGAGGUCCAUCAUGCAGAGCCAGAGCGUGAUGAUGCCGCUGGCGCCGGGCGACGAGGUGUGGGUCCGCCUCUACAAGCGGGAGCGGGAGAACGCCGUGUACAGCGACGACGUGGACGUCUACAUCACCUUCAACGGGUACCUGGUGGCCCCCGGCGGCGGGGCGGGUUAAACGGGGCCCGGAGAGCUUCAGUUGGGCGUGUUUGUGUUGUUAUACGUUCGUAUGCAUCUCGUCAUGUGACCGUAGACCUUUAAGAGGUCCUCGGUGCAGCAGGUUCCUCUGCAGACCCUUUAAACGUCAGCCGCCUUCAAAUAAACUAAAGUGCGUUAUUUCCAAAUCAAGGUUUUGAUGAUUCACGCUGACGUGUUGAUGUAAACAUCUGUAUCACAUGUAUUUGCUUUGCAGCACCGGGCAAUAAAAAGACACGAGACUAAGAAAAGAAUCACAUUA